AUGGCGACCAUGGCAACUGGCCUGCGGCACGCAAAGUGCGCAGGCUCGAUUGCCGCAGCUCAAUGGCGGACGGCAGUGCUCCCGCGGUCGACUUUCUCACUCGCCAUUCGCUCAAUAACCAGCGACUCGCAAAAGACAACGCCUCCCAAUCUCGAGGUUGAAGUCGCCGCGUCUGUCCCGAUCCCGUACCAAGGCGUCACACAUGCCCGAGUCGUGCCGGCAACGCCGUCCUACUUCUCGAGAGAGCCCCAGUUCAACGACUUAUACAUUGGCAUCUCCAAGCUGCUCACCAAGUACAACCAUCUCCCCACGGUUCCCCCCAGCGAGGCGCCGCAGAUGCCAUGGACGAAGUUGGAGGAGAUGCGAGCACAGAUGGGAGAGCCCAUCAAGGCGUCACAUUACGCAAAGGUCAUGCGGGUCGCCAAGCGCCUCAACCUCAUUGAGCCCAGUCUGCGGCCGCAGGAGGUCAAGGUGGCCCUGACGGAGUUCACCAGAGACAUCAACCCGUUCUUGAACAUGCCAAACCCGAUCACAAUCGACAAGUUUGGACGAGCCGUCGGCGUGGGCAAGAGAAAGGAAUCAACGGCCCGAGCCUUUGUCGUGGAGGGCACUGGGGAGAUCCUGGUCAACGGCAAGACGCUGAGCGAGGCUUUUGGCCGGGUGCACGACCGUGAAAGCGCAGUCUGGGCCCUUACGGCUACGCAGAGGCUGGACAAGUACAAUGUCUGGGCCUUGGUUGAGGGAGGCGGCACGACAGGACAGGCUGAGGCUAUCACCUUGGCCGUUGCAAAGGCGCUGGUUGCUCACGAGCCUGCAUUGAAGACGGCUCUAAGAAGAGCUGGCUGCAUUACGCGCGAUCCCAGGACAGUGGAAAGAAAGAAGCAUGGACAUGUCAAAGCCAGAAAGAUGCCUGCUUGGGUCAAGCGAUAGAAGCUGUAUGGGCUUGGAUUUUCUGCAGCAUUUGGAAGCUCGACCGGGCAAGAUUACGCAGAUGUCCUGCGUGAGGCCAAGCCUCGGGGGGCGCUUAUUUGGGAUGCCGAGCGCGAUAUUGUAC